CAAACUACACAAACCGUUCGUAAAGUAAACACAGCCGUUACAGGGUUCAACUGAAAAACAAUCAACUGUUAACUGUUUAUUUUUUCUAUCUGGAAAAAGUUUGUAGUGACAGUAACAGUACGCUGCAGUUAAACACAACCCAUGACCUUUCACCUUUGACAAUGUUUGCUCGCAGCAGUAAUGGACGGAAGACAUGACCCACCUUGUAGCAGAGCAGGCCGUAUGAGCUCCACAAAGCCGCCCAGCUUCGCAACAGUUACUGAGCAAGGUGAACCCGAGCUACGCGACCCCCUAACAGGUGUGAUGGCAGUCAGAGGGUUGAUGACUGCAGACACGUGGCUCUAGGGGUGCAGCGCUGCCCUGCCCGGCACCAUGCAGCAGAAAGGUGCAAUCCAAAUUAUCGAAUGGGAGGACCUGGACAAGAGGAAGUUUUACUCCCUGGGUGUGUUCAUGACCUUGACCACCCGGGCCACGGUUUACCCGGCCAGCCUCAUCCGAACCCGCCUCCAGGUGCAGAAGGGAAAGGCCCUCUACUCCGGCACCUUUGAUGCGUUCUGCAAGAUCCUGCGAGCGGAGGGCGUGCGUGGCCUGUACCGUGGAUUCAUGGUCAAUACAUUCACUCUAGUCUCGGGACAAGCUUACAUCACCACCUAUGAGCUGGUGCGCAAAUAUGUGUCCCAGUACUCGCCCAGUAACACGGUGAAGUCAGUGGUGGCAGGAGGGGCAGCGUCCCUCGUGGCCCAGACCAUCACUGUGCCCAUAGACGUGGUGUCUCAGCACCUGAUGAUGCAGGGACAGGGGGAACACCUAACUCGCUUCAAGGCCAAACCCAAAAUGAUGCUCGCAGCAACUAAGCGCAGACUGACUUUCGGGCAGACACGAGAAAUAACGGUGCAGAUAUUAGCAGCCGAUGGAUUCAGGGGAUUUUACAGGGGCUAUGUGGCAUCGCUACUCACGUACAUCCCAAACAGUGCACUGUGGUGGCCUUUUUAUCAUUUUUAUGCAGAGCAGCUGUCCUUGUUAGCACCCAGUGAGUGCCCCCACCUGAUUCUUCAGGCUUUGGCAGGACCAAUGGCAGCAGCAACCGCCUCAACCAUCACCAACCCCAUGGAUGUUGUUCGAGCAAGAGUACAGGUGGAAGGGCGAUCAUCGGUUAUUGAGACGUUUAAGCAGCUGCUGGCAGAGGAGGGCGUCUGGGGGAUGACCAAGGGACUGUCGGCCCGCAUCAUUUCCUCCACGCCCACGUCAGUGCUCAUCGUUGUGGGAUACGAGACUCUGAAGAGACUGAGCCUGCGUGCUGAACUGAUAGAGUCCAGACACUGGUGAAAGGCCACGUGGAGUCUGAAGAGACUGGAACCAGGCUUCACCUCAGGAGAUAAUGAGCCAGAUCUGUCUCAAGUCUCGGGGUAACUGUUCUACUGUUCGGCUGCUGCCACACGCAUUUCAGACUGUGCUGUUUUAAUGCAUGUAUGAUGAGUGCAAGUGUUGACGUUUUCCAAUUGUUAGACCCCAAACUAUUAGUGUGAAAUAUGAAGAUAUGAGAGGAAAUAAUGUGCUGCAUUCUGCCAAAACUAAAUGCACCAUUAAAAAAAACCAUGAUGUGUAUUCUUAAAAUCUGAUCCACUGAAAAACUAGAGUAGAUAAGUCAAGUCAUUGCUCCUAUACUGUAUAUUUUAACAACACAGAAUGACUCAAUGUUUUUUAUGAAUGGAUGUGGGAUGGAACUCUUCAUACGCAGCAAGGCAGAGUUUUUUUUUUUUGUUUUUGUUUUUUUUUUACUGUGCACCCAGGCAGCCUAAGCUCGUCAAGACAUGAUGCAUGUUUGGAGCGUACAGCUGUGUCGAAUUUUUAAAAUACAGGUACAUGGCAGUAAACUAAAUUAUGUAUUUUAAGAGCAGUGUCUGCAGUGACACCUGUCUAAUGAGUUUUCAGUGUGCCAAGAAUAUGGAGAUGCACAUGCCUUGUUUCUGCCCUGAUGAGCACAGGAAGGAGCAGAGGAGAGCUUGAUAUGUCAGUGCAUUCCAGAGAAAGAACAUUUUGUGCAGAGGUUUAAAACAUCUGCAAAGAAUCUCAAGAUUUGUUGAUCAGAGCAAUGCUGUUAAAUUAGAGGAAAUUAGUUUGUUUACUUGAGCUAAUUUCCAAAAGUAUCUUUAAAAUAUUCCUGUUCAUUUUACUUACAGGACAGCAGAUAUUACAUUUAUGUUAAGAUGUUUUUGUGAAAUCAGGCCUAAGUUUGUGUCAUUUGACCUAAGGUCUCCUUUUUUUUUUAUGUAGCUUCGGGAGUUUGUGAAGUUAGUAGUGCAGGUAUAAUGAUGAAUUCUACAUAUAGAUAAGUUGAAAGGGGUAAUCAGGGAGAUGUUUCUGCUUCUUUUUAUUCCUGUCUGUGUAAAGUGACUGUACAAAACAAAGUGGAACUUGGCGACAGAAAAAGAAAAGAUAUUUGAGUCGAUGUAACAGAGGAGUUAGAGAUAAAGGCUUUAGACCACAUCUGAAAAGUGGGGGUCACUUAUAAUGUUGCUAAUUCUGUGUAUUAUUUAUGCUGUUUGGAUUACCGAGGGUCAGAUCUGCUACUAUUUCUUUACAGGGCAGGAAAGUUUAACCACUGAGUCACUUUGCUGUUUGGCUAAAUCAAUAGAAAAACGGAGAAAGAUUGAAGGCAGCAGCUCCACGCCAGCAGACAAGACUAAACUCCAAAGUUGCCUUCAGGUUUCACCAGUCACUUAAUGUGUUCAAGGUACAUCAAGGUUACUGCCAUGUUAGAAAAGACCUGUCGGAGAAGCACAUAAAUGCAACCGUUUGAACUGUUACUGCCAGAAAACACAUCUCAGCGAGGUUCGACACUCUGUGCCCUCUUUUAUAAACUUAAAUGUGUUAGUGUUUGCAAACAGCACUUUUCAGUUUGUAUGACACAAUGUUCAAGCGAAUAAUAACCUCCACAAUUUCUGCAAAGCAAAUUAAAUGGACCAUUGCCUGUGUGGAGGAAGUGCUUCACCUGUAUUUACCAGCAACCUGCUAAUAUCUAAGGAUGAUUUCACGAGCAGUUUGAUGUGUUUUAAACAAUGAGAACUUGGGAGAUUUGAUGAAAUGUAAUAAAGAAUUCUGAAUCACUGCUGUUGAUGGUAACAUGUUUAACGAUCUGUA